AUGAGGAAAGACCUUGAUAAAUGGAUUGUGGAACAAGGAAGAACAGAAACUACACAUCAACUUACUAGAAAUGAAAAGAGGAGUAGUCUCACCGGAGAUCAGCUCAGUAGCAGAAGCAAUUUGAGAAAUGUGCCUCAAAAGGAAAAUCAGGUUGAGGGCUCAACAUAUGCUGAACCCCAAAAUAUUCCAAAAGAUACACAACAGGUGGAGCCUAUUCAGAGUGGAUCUGUUCGCGAACAGGCUCAACACUCAAUUACCAAUCUGGUUUCCAGCUCUAAUAGAUAUGAUAAUAGACUUACCUCGAGUCCUACUGACAAAGAACCUCUUACUCCUAGGCCUGAUAUCAGGCACCAUACCUCAACUGAGAACAAAGUAUCUAAUUCUCUGGAUUAUAUUGUAUCCUUAGGAGAUAAUGAUCAUGUACUUCUAAUAACCCUUACAAAGAAAACAGCCUUUUUAUAUGCUCUUUCAUCAGCUUGUCAUCCCUCUGACCUUGCACAAUUAGAUCUAACUACCAUUAGAUUUAUUCAAAAUGGUAUUACUAUUGAGUGUAUAAAUCUGAAGGAAGUUAAUAUUGCCAUAGGAUAUAGAAUUAAUAAAAAAUGCACGAAGAAGAUAUUUAUUGGUAAAUAUCAGGAAAGUACAGAAUUAUACCCAGCUACGACUCUACAACAUUAUAUGACUAGAACAGAAGAACUUCAGCAUUCUGAAGACCAAAAAACUGUGUUGUUCUUAUCUAAUGUAGGCUUUCACAAACCAGCAGUAGUCGAUACUAUCGCUAAUUAG